AUGGAGGCCAGCGUGCCCGCGGCCGCCUCCCGCGCAGCACCGCCGCUGCGGAAUCGGAUCGAGCCCAUGGAGGAGGAGGGCGCAGUCGGCCAGCGCAGCAGGCGGAGUCCCUCCCCGCGCCGGAGCCCCCCUGCAGUCGAGGGAGUCCUCGUUGGCGAUGAAGGUGGCGACAUCGAAUCGCGGCCGACACACGUCACGUGGGAGGAAUGGGCGAUGAGCGGGAACGAUUGCGCGCUACGACGCCGACUCCGCCGUGCUCGUGGCCGCCACGACGCCGACUCCGCCGUGCUCGUGGCCGCCAAGCAGAAAGCCGCGCUCCAGGAGCACGCCAAGAUGCAAUGGCUCGCUUGCUUCGAUUCAGCUCUCUCGGCAGCAGAAGUGGGGCUGGAGCGGGUGGGGGUGGAUGCCGAUUGA